AUGGGCGGCGGAGCGCGGGAGCUGGCGGGGUACCUGGCGGCGUUGGGCGGGUGGGUGGCGGCUCUGGCCGCCGCGGCUCUGCCCCAGUGGAGACAGAGCUCGUACGCCGGAGACGCCAUCAUCACGGCGGUGGGGCUGCACGAAGGGCUGUGGAUGAGCUGCGCCGCGCAGAGCACCGGGCAGGUGCAGUGCCGCCUGCACGACUCGCUGCUCUCCCUCGACGUUCACAUCCAGACCUCCCGGGCUCUCAUGGUUAUUUCUCUCCUCCUGGGUUUCUUCGGCAUCAUCGUGAGCGUCGUGGGCAUGAAAUGCACCAAGGUUGGUGAAGAGGAUCCCAUCACCAAGAGCCGCAUCGCUGUUGCUGGAGGUGUCCUCUUCAUCCUCUGCGGUCUGUGCACGUUAGCGGCCGUCUCCUUGUAUGCCACGCAGGUCACCUACGAGUUCUUCAGUGCCAGCACUCCGAUCAACGCCAGGUACGAGUUUGGCUCGGCGCUGUUUGUCGGCUGGGGGGCUGCCAGCCUCACCGUGCUGGGGGGCUCCUUGCUCUGCUGCUCCUGCCCUGCCAAGGAGCGCCAAGGACAGCAGUACUACCGACAGUCGCAGCCUUCCACAGCCCGGGAGUACGUCUGACCCCAGCCCUGUCCUCCCACGCCCUCCCCUCCCAAGAGCAGGCACGGCCCCGCUGUUCCCACAGGGCGCACAGCUCAAGGGCACCACCAGAGACUUUUCUUCUGCUGGGGAUGCACCAGUUUCUCAGGAGCUUUUCCAGGUUGCAGCGCAAGCCUCUAAAAUGGGCUGUUGGUCAGAAUUCCCCAUAUCCAGCACCAGCAGGCUGCAGGGGCUGCACCUCCGCCCCCAGCCCUGCGCUACUGGGGCUGUGGGUGGCUGGGCCGUGCCCCAGUGCCCAGAAUGGGGUGCUGGGGGUGGGCUGCACAGAGGUGCUUUGUGCUGGGCCACCCCACUGCGUGCGGCUGUCCCCAUGUGCCCCUGCAUCUCCUGCAGCCCCACCUCUGGGUUUUCCAGGGAAAGGGAUGCUGCCAAGCGGUGCUGGACGGGCUCAGCGUCCCCGUGCCCCAGCUUUGGUGGCUUAGGAAACAUUCCUGCUUUCAGGGUGCAGGUGUGCUCUGCGUGGCUGCUGCCCCAAAGCGCUAUUUGUAUUAAUCAUUCUUGAUGUGAGCACACGAGGAAUGAAAGCACGGCGGUUUGGCGGUUGCUGGUGCUCCAGCUGAGCUCUGCCAGCUAAAAUCUGACCCGGGUGUAUUUCUCACCAGGAGCAAGUAUGUGGCCUUGUUAAGCAGGAGAACAAACUGGUGUUGGCCAGGUUAAAGCAGGCAAAAUGGGGACUGUGAGCACAAGCAAUGGUUUGUUUUUACUUUGGUGCCCAGCGUAGCUGCUUCAGUUAACUCCAAGAUGGACAAACCUGUGAAUUUUGAUGUCUCCCCACUGUUUCCAAAUGCCCCUUCCCCAAUAGGACCCGUGAAGUCUUUUAGGCUCAGCAGUGCUAACUGCCACCACCUCUGUGUCCACGCCGUGGCUGUUACUAACACACCAGCUCCAGUUCUCCUGUAGAUCCUCUGAAGGCCUGGUGCUGCCAUCUGUCUGUCUGCUGUAUGUGGUAUGCCAGCUAAACCGCAGGAAAAGAAACAGUGGAAAUGUUCCAAGGAGCCUGGCUUUGUGGUUUUGCCUUUUUUUUUUUUUUUUUUAAUUAUUACUUUAUAAAUCCUCACGUAGCUGAUUUCUCCCUGGUCUGCUUUACACCCCUGUGCUGCUCUUGUUCUUGGCGAAAUGUGGCCACCUGUCCCAAAAUUAACAGUCGGGGCAGCACCUCCCCAUGCAGGGGGGAAGCAGAGCAGACCCUGCACUGGGGGUUGGCUCCUGCGAGGCAGGAAGGACUAACAGCCAUCUCUCUCUUUUGCGUUGCAGACCCCAUGUAAAAAUAUCGUCAGCCAUCAGGGGAGAGCAGUGCUUGUAGUGUCUGCACCGUCAGGGGGACUGGUGCUUGGUUUCCCCUCAAAACACACCCCAAAGCUACUGCAGUGAGGAUUGGGAAGGAAAACCGUGCUUAAAAAAUACGUGUGUCUGAAGUGUGUUUUUAUAUACAGAGCGCAGCAUUGUGUAGAAGAAUGUUUUUAUUCCUUUAAGGUAAACCUGCAUUAACUUCUCUGUGCGAUGAACGCCGUGGGAGCGGCGCUGUUUGGGAUUCCUAGUUUUGGGGUUUUUUUUUCAGAUUGUUUGUACUAAAAAUUGUGACUCCGUUGUAUUAAAAUAUUUCUGACUACGGGUGUCCCUCUGAAGUCAUCUCUUUGCCCU